AUGGAAAUGCAUGCAACUCACGUGGCUGCUUGCAGUCUGAGGCGUCUGCGAUCGUCUGCUGUAACAUCCCGCGUGAUGACAUCAACGCAUCUCUCGUUGCCAUGCCGAUUAAAAUCGUAUGUGCUGAAGUUUCUCCGGGGCCAACUUCCAGAGGACCUAAAAGACCUCAAUGGUGCCCUCGGCUGUUUGUACGGAACGCUGCCCGACGUGGAUGAAUUUGGUCAAUUUGUGAUAGCCCCCGAAAUUGUGGAACGCUUUCACCAACUUGGCUACAUUAAACUACCUCGCCCAGUCCUUGAUGCACAGCAGGUUGAUAAGCUGGCGGACGAAGUGAAUGAACUGGCAAACAAUGUGGAGCAUCAUCCAAAAACGGAGAAGCUAUACGCCACUUCGCUGGCCAAUUUGACAGAGGGACCGCUCUUCUAUUGUCAGGGACAGUGGCGAGCCGCGUGGGGCAUGCAUGAUCUCAUUUACCUCCCCACAAUCACUGUGGCCGCUUCACAGAUUCUUGGCAACUCUAUUGUUCGGCUAUGGUACGACGAAGUCUUUAUGAAAGAGGCCCGUAAGGGACCCUGCGUUCCCUGGCAACAAAAUUACGCCCGCUGGCAGCACACAACACCUGUCAAUCAUGUAACGGUCAUGAUUGCUCUUGAUACAAUGAACAAAGAUCGUGGAGCCCCUUGCUUGGUUCCCGGAAGCCACCGGUGGCGAGAGGGCGGAUUGCUUCCUUCUGUUCCCUACGAUCCCGCCAAGGACGAGGCACAGCAGUUAAACACCAUUUGGGAAAUCACCAACGAGGAAGAGAGCGAAAUGCUCAUGGACACACCUCCAGCGACGGUGGACAUGAAGCGCGGCGAGGCCCUUCUCAUCCAUCCUCUCACACUUUUCGCUACGCACGGAAAUCGCUCGCUGGACGCCGUGCGCUGUUGUUUUAUACAUUACAUGGGCGGUAAGACGUACGCAACCCAGAACGGACCGCUGCUGCCACACACCACCCAAUUCCAGGCGGGCGCUAUGAUUCAGGGGCCGUUCUAUCCGGUGGUAUUCGACCCCGCGAUGACAGAGGAGCUGGCAAUGUUGCCCGGGGAAUCCGCGGCACAGAAAGACAUCACCGAAGAGGUGUAG